CGUUUUCGUCGCAAACGGUAUCCGGUUGUGAAGGCAGGCUAGCUCGGCGAAAGUGUAGCUUACGGUGAGAUUAUACAAUUUAUACCGCAAAGGACAAAAAAUAUAGUCUGUUUAGGCCCGCUGCCCUUAAAUGGAGGCGUUUUUUGUUCAUUUGCCAUGUAUUUUGGUGUGUCCGUCGUCGUCAGCCGGUCUAUUUAGCACAGGAGGCUAAGUGGCUAAUUAAAGCCUGUAAAGAGGUAGAGGCUUCUUCUCGCUCCAGCUGAGAAAUAGAGGAAAUAAUUAACUUAAUAAAGGGUUACAGUAAAGCAGGGUGAUAACAGGAGCUGGUGUGAACUUGAACUUUUAUUUUGAAUGUGUUUUAACAUUAGAUUAUGUGGAGUAAAUCAUUUGAGGAGUGGGAUUAUUAUCAUUAAUAAUAAGACAGGGACUCUUCAAUCUGCGUCGCUCUGUUUGCUUUACAGAAACUCUCAAAUAUGACGACGUGGCUGGAAAACUUUAAAGCUGAAAGUGGUAGUUUGUCGAUGCAUUUAUCUGUAACAUUAUUGUAUAGUUUUACAUGUUUAGAUAUAAUUGCUGCAGAGUAACAUGUAGUGUAAGCCACACGUGGGGUUAGGUCCGGGUUACAGCUGGGAAAAGUAAACAGGUUACCAAACAACUUUUCUGACAGGGUUUGGAUCAACUUUGAAGUACAGAGGCUGCCUGCUACAUCUCUGUAAGUUACACAUUGACAUAUGGUUACUUGAAUUAGCAACAUUCCUACAAACGUCGUUUCCGUUUCGACGACUUGACCUUUUAAAGCUUUUUUUUGCUCUUUGACUCAUAGUUCUGUUUGCUGAUACAAAUAGGUGGAGAUUAAGUUGCGUCGACUCUAACUCAGCAAUAAUGUGUCUAUGAUGCUCUCCAGUAUCAGUUGUUGAUCAGGUGGUACAUCUUAAAGAAAAGCUUCAACAUGAUCUCUGAUAUAAAGCCUUAAUGGAAGUGUGCAGGAUCGGAUUCUUGGGUGGUUUUAUAAGUUUGAGCUGAGAGCCAAACUGUAGUUGUACAUUUUUUGAGAUCUUGCACAGCUGCCACUAUGACAGCUGUACUGUUCGUAUUGGUGCUGCUUGGAGCAUUGUGCAGCCCUGGACAUACCAUGUCACAGGAGGAAAAGAGCAAGUUGAGGAACCAAGUGGUUGAGAUGUUUGACCAUGCGUAUCAGAAUUAUAUGGACCAUGCAUACCCAGCAGACGAGCUGAUGCCACUAACAUGCAGAGGAAGAGUACGUGGGCUUGAACCUAGUCGAGGUGACGUAGACGAUGCUCUGGGAAUGUUCUCUCUAACCCUCAUAGACACUCUGGAUACUCUUGUGCUUUUGAACAAGACGACGGAGUUUGAGGCUGCUGUGAGGAGGGUGCUGAAGGAUGUUAGACUGGACAACGACAUUGUUGUGUCGGUCUUCGAAACCAACAUUCGAGUCCUUGGAGGCCUUCUGGGAGGGCACUCCAUGGCUGUGAUGCUGAAGGAGGGAGGACAGAACAUGCAGUGGUACCAGGAUGAGCUCCUGCACAUGGCCAAAGAUCUGGGCCUCCGACUUCUGCCAGCCUUCAAUACCAGCAGUGGCUUACCUUAUCCCAGGGUGAACUUGAAAUAUGGUGUCAGGGGUCCUGAGACGAGAACAGGCACAGAAACAGACACCUGCACUGCCUGUGCAGGAACCAUCAUCCUGGAAUUUGCCGCCUUAAGUCGCUUCACCGGUGACCCUGUGUUUGAGGCCCAUGCCCGGAGAGCCCUGGACUUUUUGUGGGAGAAGAGACAAAGAAACAGCAACCUUGUGGGAACCACCAUCAACAUCCACUCUGGAGAGUGGGUGCGCAGGGACAGUGGAGUUGGAGCAGGAAUUGACUCAUACUAUGAAUACCUGCUAAAAGCCUACGUCCUCUUGGGAGAUGAUCAGUUUCUGCAGCGCUUCAACAUUCACUAUGCAUCUAUAAUGAAAUACAUAAGCCAGCCUCCACUGCUGCUGGAUGUCCACAUCCACAAACCUCUCCUCCCUGCUCGCACCUGGAUGGACGCUUUGCUUGCCUUCUUCCCAGGACUGCAGGUUUUGAAGGGAGAUAUUCGACCUGCGAUUGAGACUCAUGAGAUGUUGUAUCAAGUUACGAAGAAACACAACUUCCUCCCAGAGGCCUUCACUACUGAUUUCAGGGUACACUGGGCGCAGCAUCCCCUGAGGCCUGAGUUUGCAGAGAGCACCUAUUUCCUUUACAAGGCCACAGGAGACCCGUAUUACCUGGAGGCAGGUCGCACCAUCCUGGAUAACCUCAACCGCUUUGCCCGUGUCCCCUGCGGUUUCGCUGCCAUGAAGGACGUACGCACCGGGAGCCACGAAGACAGGAUGGAUUCGUUCUUCCUUGCUGAGAUGUUCAAAUAUCUCUUCCUGCUGUUUGCUGAUGCGGAGGACUUAGUGUUUGAUGUGGAGGACUACGUCUUCACAACCGAGGCCCACCUGCUACCCCUGUCCCUCUCCACAGCCCCUCACUCAUCAUCUAUUCCCUCAAACAAAACGUCAGAGGAGGAGCUGGAUGACUCUAAUUUUGAUUGGACAUGCCCGAACACCCGCCUUCUAUUUCCGGACCCCGCCUUCCCUCGUAACCUUAGAGAUCCGAUCCGAAGUGCUGUGGACAAGAGCUGCCCCCGUCCUGUCCCCAACAGGGAGCCCGGUAUGGGCCGUCCUCCUCUGAGGGCUCAGGACUUCAUGGCAAACAACCCCGAACAUCUUGAGCUGCUUAGGAGGAUGGGAGUCAGUCUCAUUCACCUGAAAGAUGGCCGGGUGCAGCUGGUCCAGCACGCUACACAGGCGGUGAGUGCGGUGGCAGCAGAGGAUGGCGUGCGCUUCAUGCAAGAGAUGAUGGAGCUGUCCAGCCAGCAGCAGAAAGAGCAGCUGCCUCCCAGAGCCAUUCAGAUUGUCUCACAUCCGUUCUUUGGCAGGGUUGUGCUGACUGCAGGCCCGGCACAGUUUGGCACAGACCUAUCCAAAAGUUCCACCGGGGUACGGGGCUUUGUGACUGUGGCUGAACCGUACAGCGGCUGUUCUGAGAUCACAAACAAAGAGUAUGUUCAGGGCCACAUCGCUCUGCUUCAGAGAGGUCAGUGUAUGUUUGCAGAGAAGGCCAGAAACAUCCAGAAGGCUGGCGCCAUCGGAGGCAUAGUCAUCGACGAUAACGAAGGCAGCAGCAGUGACACAGCUCCUCUGUUUCAAAUGGCCGGGGAUGGCCGCAACACUGAAGACGUCACCUUGCCUAUCCUCUUCCUCUUCCACAAGGAGGGCAACAUCCUGUUGGAGUCGCUGAAGGAGUACAGGGAGGUGGAGGUGCUGCUGAGCGACAAAGCCAGAGACAGAGCAGCCAUAUUCAAAGGUAAACCUCUUCCAGGCAGCCUGAUUGAGGGCAGUGUGGUCGUGCCGGAAGCGGAGGAAGGCCGCGCAACUGAGGCAACAACUCCCACCUCUUUUGAACCUGUUAGCCAAUCCCAAAUGAGCACACUGGAGCUGGAAGAACUGGCUCCGGAGGAGGUUACUCCAUCACAGGAGGAAGUCGGCGCUAUAGAAGAAGAAACUAGUCCUGCAGAAGAAGUUACAUCACCGGAGGAGGAAGCCAGUCCAACAGAGGAGGAGGCUGAUGUGGCUCAGCCCGGCGAGGAGAGAGACUCUGAGGAGGGAGAGGAGCCAGAGCGCGACACAGACUCAAGCAGCCAGUCAGUUGACCAACUCCUGGCUGAUUGGCAGGAAGACUUGGAGGCGUUCAAGCAAAUGGAGAAAGAUGAACUCUGACAGUCAUCUGGUACGAUGUGACCUGUGACUGCAGGUUCAUACCCACUGUGGGGGGGGGGGGGGGGGGGGGAACUUGAUGGAAACACAUCUUCAAACCAGCCUCGAUGUGAUGAAGGCUAAGUAGACUGUGGAGGUGUCUUUCACGUGCCAAGAAAGCCCACAUACUGUAUCUCUUGACUAUAAGGGAGUCCAUUUCAGCCUGGUAGAUGAUGGCUGAGAGCCCAGGGUUCUUACCUCACUUUCUCAUACAAUUUCCGUUAAUCUGUGGUAACAAUAACAUCAAUGGAACGGACCAGACUUUUGAAACAGCCUCUCAGUUUUCACUUUCAUCUCACACUGUUGUUCUUUCUAUGCAUUUCUGUCUCUUUUAACUGAAAUCAGUGCUGGUCCAAAAUCUACAUUCUAACUACUUAAUCCAUCGACCAAUUAAUUUUAUUCAAAUGUGGUGAUGAGGCAUUUACUUUCGUCAUGAUCUUGGGCCUAAUCAUAUGUACACAUUGAUGUGUGAUAAGGAAUGAUUCAUGUGGCGGGGGGGAAAUGGCAGAGUUUUUUUAAUGGCUUUAUAGAGGACAAACUCAACACCAAACUCUCUCUGGAGGAUAUAUGAAGUCAUAUAUCAAUGUAAAUAUGUAUUUGUCAAGAUAUAUUGACUGAAACUAUAAAGUGCUGCAUUGCUCAGGUUCAUCCCACAGACUACAACUUCUGGACCACAACGGGUGGAGCAGACACACCCUCAGCAGCACUGUGACAUGGAUCACACAUCUGCAGACAGCCACAGGAGGGCGCUGUAUGAUCUGUCUGUCAUGCUGUAGCUGUUGACUGAUUGGAAGUGGGAGAACUAAGCCAAUAAGUUCACAUAAAGAAUUAAAAUAAAACUUGAGGGAAG